UUUUGGGACGAGGGCUCCACGUUUCUAUUGGACAUGAUGACCUUCCAUAUGUGGUCUGAUCCAACGACUGAAGUAAAAAAAAAAAGAGAGAGCUCCGGGGGACAGCUUUGGGUGUUGGCUAAUGGGGUUGAGCCUCUCUUUUUCCACGUUUCUGUGGUUUUUUCUUUGCGCAUUGUCUCCCUUUAGAGCUGUUUCCUUGGCUGAUGGGAUCUUUGUGUUGCUGUUUGCCUUCUUUUAUACACAUGAUGAUCGGCUCUGGCAUAUAGCCUCCUUCGAGACACUAUUGAGUACAGGCUAUCUGACCAGCACUUGGGGGCCAGCCAAGACGCGUUUUGUCUAUACUUAUGGAGCUGCUUUCCUUCCUUGACAUGAUGAACAGCUCUAUUUUUCAAGGCAUCUCUAGAUCGCCAAUGAAUACAAAGACUGUCUGAUAUUCGGAGG